CCUCUUGCCUCUCCUCGCCCCCCUCUUGCCUCUCCUCGCCCCCCCCCUCUUGCCUCUCCUCGCCCCCCUCUUGCCUCUCCUCGCCCCCCUCUUGCCUCUCCUCGCCCCCCUCUUGCCUCUCCUCGCCCCCCUCUUGCCUCUCCUCGCCCCCCUCUUGCCUCUCCUCGCCCCCCUCUUGCCUCUCCUCGCCCCCCUCUUGCCUCUCCUCGCCCCCUCUCUUGCCUCUCCUCGCCCCCCUCUUGCCUCUCCUCGCCCCCCUCUUGCCUCUCCUCGCCCCCCUCUUGCCUCUCCUCGCCCCCCUCUUGCCUCUCCUCGCCCCCCUCUUGCCUCUCCUCGCCCCCCUCUUGCCUCUCCUCGCCCCCCUCUUGCCUCUCCUCGCCCCCCUCUUGCCUCUCCUCGCCCCCCUCUUGCCUCUCCUCGCCCCCCUCUUGCUUGCCUCUCCUCGCCCCCCUCUUGCCUCUCCUCGCCCCCCUCUUGCCUCUCCUCGCCCCCCUCUUGCCUCUCCUCGCCCCCCUCUUGCCUCUCCUCGCCCCCCUCUUGCCUCUCCUCGCCCCCCUCUUGCCUCUCCUCGCCCCCCUCUUGCCUCUCCUCGCCCCCCUCUUGCCUCUCCUCGCCCCCCUCUUGCCUCUCCUCGCCCCCCUCUUGCCUCUCCUCGCCCCCCUCUUGCCUCUCCUCGCCCCCCUCUUGCCUCUCCUCGCCCCCCUCUUGCCUCUCCUCGCCCCCCUCUCCUCCUCUUGCCUCUCCUCGCCCCCCUCUUGCCUCUCCUCGCCCCCCUCUUGCCUCUCCUCGCCCCCCUCUUGCCUCUCCUCGCCCCCCUCUUGCCUCUCCUCGCCCCCCUCUUGCCUCUCCUCGCCCCCCUCUUGCCUCUCCUCGCCCCCUCUUGCCUCUCCUCGCCCCCCUCUUGCCUCUCCUCGCCCCCCUCUUGCCUCUCCUCGCCCCCCUCUUGCCUCUCCUCGCCCCCCUCUUGCCUCUCCUCGCCCCCUCUUGCCUCUCCUCGCCCCCCUCUUGCCUCUCCUCGCCCCCCUCUUGCCUCUCCUCGCCCCCCUCUUGCCUCUCCUCGCCCCCCUCUUGCCUCUCCUCGCCCCCCUCUUGCCUCUCCUCGCCCCCCUCUUGCCUCUCCUCGCCCCCCUCUUGCCUCUCCUCGCCCCCCUCUUGCCUCUCCUCGCCCCCCUCUUGCCUCUCCUCGCCCCCCUCUUGCCUCUCCUCGCCCCCCUCUUGCCUCUCCUCGCCCCCCUCUUGCCUCUCCUCGCCCCCCUCUUGCCUCUCCUCGCCCCCCUCUUGCCUCUCCUCGCCCCCCUCUUGCCUCUCCUCGCCCCCCUCUUGCCUCUCCUCGCCCCCCUCUUGCCUCUCCUCGCCCCCCUCUUGCCUCUCCUCGCCCCCUCUUGCCUCUCCUCGCCCCCCUCUUGCCUCUCCUCGCCCCCCUCUUGCCUCUCCUCGCCCCCCUCUUGCCUCUCCUCGCCCCCCUCUUGCCUCUCCUCGCCCCCCUCUUGCCUCUCCUCGCCCCCCUCUUGCCUCUCCUCGCCCCCCUCUUGCCUCUCCUCGCCCCCCUCUUGCCUCUCCUCGCCCCCCUCUUGCCUCUCCUCGCCCCCCUCUUGCCUCUCCUCGCCCCCCUCUUGCCUCUCCUCGCCCCCCUCUUGCCUCUCCUCGCCCCCCUCUUGCCUCUCCUCGCCCCCCUCUUGCCUCUCCUCGCCCCCCUCUUGCCUCUCCUCGCCCCCCUCUUGCCUCUCCUCGCCCCCCUCUUGCCUCUCCUCGCCCCCCUCUUGCCUCUCCUCGCCCCCCUCUUGCCUCUCCUCGCCCCCCUCUUGCCUCUCCUCGCCCCCCUCUUGCCUCUCCUCGCCCCCCUCUUGCCUCUCCUCGCCCCCCUCUUGCCUCUCCUCGCCCCCCUCUUGCCUCUCCUCGCCCCCCUCUUGCCUCUCCUCGCCCCCCUCUUGCCUCUCCUCGCCCCCCUCUUGCCUCUCCUCGCCCCCCUCUUGCCUCUCCUCGCCCCCCUCUUGCCUCUCCUCGCCCCCCUCUUGCCUCUCCUCGCCCCCCUCUUGCCUCUCCUCGCCCCCCUCUUGCCUCUCCUCGCCCCCCUCUUGCCUCUCCUCGCCCCCCUCUUGCCUCUCCUCGCCCCCCUCUUGCCUCUCCUCGCCCCCCUCUUGCCUCUCCUCGCCCCCCUCUUGCCUCUCCUCGCCCCCCUCUUGCCUCUCCUCGCCCCCCUCUUGCCUCUCCUCGCCCCCCUCUUGCCUCUCCUCGCCCCCCUCUUGCCUCUCCUCGCCCCCCUCUUGCCUCUCCUCGCCCCCCUCUUGCCUCUCCUCGCCCCCCUCGCCCCCCUCUUUUGCCUCUCCUCGCCCCCCUCUUGCCUCUCCUCGCCCCCCUCUUGCCUCUCCUCGCCCCCCUCUUGCCUCUCCUCGCCCCCCUCUUGCCUCUCCUCGCCCCCCUCUUGCCUCUCCUCGCCCCCCUCUUGCCUCUCCUCGCCCCCCUCUUGCCUCUCCUCGCCCCCCUCUUGCCUCUCCUCGCCCCCUCUUGCCUCUCCUCGCCCCCCUCUUGCCUCUCCUCGCCCCCCUCUUGCCUCUCCUCGCCCCCCUCUUGCCUCUCCUCGCCCCCCUCUUGCCUCUCCUCGCCCCCCUCUUGCCUCUCCUCGCCCCCCUCUUGCCUCUCCUCGCCCCCCUCUUGCCUCUCCUCGCCCCCCUCUUGCCUCUCCUCGCCCCCCUCUUGCCUCUCCUCGCCCCCCUCUUGCCUCUCCUCGCCCCCCUCUUGCCUCUCCUCGCCCCCCUCUUGCCUCUCCUCGCCCCCCUCUUGCCUCUCCUCGCCCCCCUCUUGCCUCUCCUCGCCCCCCUCUUGCCUCUCCUCGCCCCCCUCUUGCCUCUCCUCGCCCCCCUCUUGCCUCUCCUCGCCCCCCUCUUGCCUCUCCUCGCCCCCCUCUUGCCUCUCCUCGCCCCCCUCUUGCCUCUCCUCGCCCCCCUCUUGCCUCUCCUCGCCCCCCUCUUGCCUCUCCUCGCCCCCCUCUUGCCUCUCCUCGCCCCCCUCUUGCCUCUCCUCGCCCCCCUCUUGCCUCUCCUCGCCCCCCUCUUGCCUCUCCUCGCCCCCCUCUUGCCUCUCCUCGCCCCCCUCUUUGCCUCUCCUCGCCCCCCUCUUGCCUCUCCUCGCCCCCCUCUUGCCUCUCCUCGCCCCCCUCUUGCCUCUCCUCGCCCCCCUCUUGCCUCUCCUCGCCCCCCUCUUGCCUCUCCUCGCCCCCCUCUUGCCUCUCCUCGCCCCCCUCUUGCCUCUCCUCGCCCCCCUCUUGCCUCUCCUCGCCCCCCUCUUGCCUCUCCUCGCCCCCCUCUUGCCUCUCCUCGCCCCCCUCUUGCCUCUCCUCGCCCCCUCUUGCCUCUCCUCGCCCCCCUCUUGCCUCUCCUCGCCCCCCUCUUGCCUCUCCUCGCCCCCCUCUUGCCUCUCCUCGCCCCCCUCUUGCCUCUCCUCGCCCCCCUCUUGCCUCUCCUCGCCCCCUCUUGCCUCUCCUCGCCCCCCUCUUGCCUCUCCUCGCCCCCCUCUUGCCUCUCCUCGCCCCCCUCUUGCCUCUCCUCGCCCCCCUCUUGCCUCUCCUCGCCCCCCUCUUGCCUCUCCUCGCCCCCCUCUUGCCUCUCCUCGCCCCCCUCUUGCCUCUCCUCGCCCCCCUCUUGCCUCUCCUCGCCCCCCUCUUGCCUCUCCUCGCCCCCCUCUUGCCUCUCCUCGCCCCCCUCUUGCCUCUCCUCGCCCCCCUCUUGCCUCUCCUCGCCCCCCUCUUGCCUCUCCUCGCCCCCCUCUUGCCUCUCCUCGCCCCCCUCUUGCCUCUCCUCGCCCCCCUCUUGCCUCUCCUCGCCCCCCUCUUGCCUCUCCUCGCCCCCCUCUUGCCUCUCCUCGCCCCCCUCUUGCCUCUCCUCGCCCCCCCUCUUGCCUCUCCUCGCCCCCCUCUUGCCUCUCCUCGCCCCCCUCUUGCCUCUCCUCGCCCCCCUCUUGCCUCUCCUCGCCCCCCUCUUGCCUCUCCUCGCCCCCCUCUUGCCUCUCCUCGCCCCCCUCUUGCCUCUCCUCGCCCCCCUCUUGCCUCUCCUCGCCCCCCUCUUGCCUCUCCUCGCCCCCCUCUUGCCUCUCCUCGCCCCCCUCUUGCCUCUCCUCGCCCCCCUCUUGCCUCUCCUCGCCCCCCUCUUGCCUCUCCUCGCCCCCCUCUUGCCUCUCCUCGCCCCCCUCUUGCCUCUCCUCGCCCCCCUCUUGCCUCUCCUCGCCCCCCUCUUGCCUCUCCUCGCCCCCCUCUUGCCUCUCCUCGCCCCCCUCUUGCCUCUCCUCGCCCCCCUCUUGCCUCUCCUCGCCCCCCUCUUGCCUCUCCUCGCCCCCCUCUUGCCUCUCCUCGCCCCCCUCUUGCCUCUCCUCGCCCCCCUCUUGCCUCUCCUCGCCCCCCUCUUGCCUCUCCUCGCCCCCCUCUUGCCUCUCCUCGCCCCCCUCUUGCCUCUCCUCGCCCCCCUCUUGCCUCUCCUCGCCCCCCUCUUGCCUCUCCUCGCCCCCCUCUUGCCUCUCCUCGCCCCCCUCUUGCCUCUCCUCGCCCCCUCUUGCCUCUCCUCGCCCCCCUCUUGCCUCUCCUCGCCCCCCUCUUGCCUCUCCUCGCCCCCCUCUUGCCUCUCCUCGCCCCCUCUUGCCUCUCCUCGCCCCCCUCUUGCCUCUCCUCGCCCCCCCUCUUGCCUCUCCUCGCCCCCCUCUUGCCUCUCCUCGCCCCCCUCUUGCCUCUCCUCGCCCCCCUCUUGCCUCUCCUCGCCCCCCUCUUUGCCUCUCCUCGCCCCCCUCUUGCCUCUCCUCGCCCCCCUCUUGCCUCUCCUCGCCCCCCUCUUGCCUCUCCUCGCCCCCCUCUUGCCUCUCCUCGCCCCCCUCUUGCCUCUCCUCGCCCCCCUCUUGCCUCUCCUCGCCCCCCUCUUGCCUCUCCUCGCCCCCCUCUUGCCUCUCCUCGCCCCCCUCUUGCCUCUCCUCGCCCCCCUCUUGCCUCUCCUCGCCCCCCUCUUGCCUCUCCUCGCCCCCCUCUUGCCUCUCCUCGCCCCCCUCUUGCCUCUCCUCGCCCCCCUCUUGCCUCUCCUCGCCCCCCUCUUGCCUCUCCUCGCCCCCCUCUUGCCUCUCCUCGCCCCCCUCUUGCCUCUCCUCGCCCCCCUCUUGCCUCUCCUCGCCCCCCUCUUGCCUCUCCUCGCCCCCCUCUUGCCUCUCCUCGCCCCCCUCUUGCCUCUCCUCGCCCCCCUCUUGCCUCUCCUCGCCCCCCUCUUGCCUCUCCUCGCCCCCCUCUUGCCUCUCCUCGCCCCCCUCUUGCCUCUCCUCGCCCCCCUCUUGCCUCUCCUCGCCCCCCUCUUGCCUCUCCUCGCCCCCCUCUUGCCUCUCCUCGCCCCCCUCUUGCCUCUCCUCGCCCCCCUCUUGCCUCUCCUCGCCCCCCUCUUGCCUCUCCUCGCCCCCCUCUUGCCUCUCCUCGCCCCCCUCUUGCCUCUCCUCGCCCCCCUCUUGCCUCUCCUCGCCCCCCUCUUGCCUCUCCUCGCCCCCCUCUUGCCUCUCCUCGCCCCCCUCUUGCCUCUCCUCGCCCCCCUCUUGCCUCUCCUCGCCCCCCUCUUGCCUCUCCUCGCCCCCCUCUUGCCUCUCCUCGCCCCCCUCUUGCCUCUCCUCGCCCCCCUCUUGCCUCUCCUCGCCCCCCUCUUGCCUCUCCUCGCCCCCCUCUUGCCUCUCCUCGCCCCCCUCUUGCCUCUCCUCGCCCCCCUCUUGCCUCUCCUCGCCCCCCUCUUGCCUCUCCUCGCCCCCCUCUUGCCUCUCCUCGCCCCCCUCUUGCCUCUCCUCGCCCCCCUCUUGCCUCUCCUCGCCCCCCUCUUGCCUCUCCUCGCCCCCCUCUUGCCUCUCCUCGCCCCCCUCUUGCCUCUCCUCGCCCCCCUCUUGCCUCUCCUCGCCCCCCUCUUGCCUCUCCUCGCCCCCCUCUUGCCUCUCCUCGCCCCCCUCUUGCCUCUCCUCGCCCCCCCUCUUGCCUCUCCUCGCCCCCCUCUUGCCUCUCCUCGCCCCCCUCUUGCCUCUCCUCGCCCCCCUCUUGCCUCUCCUCGCCCCCCUCUUGCCUCUCCUCGCCCCCCUCUUGCCUCUCCUCGCCCCCCUCUUGCCUCUCCUCGCCCCCCUCUUGCCUCUCCUCGCCCCCCUCUUGCCUCUCCUCGCCCCCCUCUUGCCUCUCCUCGCCCCCCUCUUGCCUCUCCUCGCCCCCCUCUUGCCUCUCCUCGCCCCCCUCUUGCCUCUCCUCGCCCCCCUCUUGCCUCUCCUCGCCCCCCUCUUGCCUCUCCUCGCCCCCCUCUUGCCUCUCCUCGCCCCCCUCUUGCCUCUCCUCGCCCCCCUCUUGCCUCUCCUCGCCCCCCUCUUGCCUCUCCUCGCCCCCCUCUUGCCUCUCCUCGCCCCCCUCUUGCCUCUCCUCGCCCCCCUCUUGCCUCUCCUCGCCCCCCUCUUGCCUCUCCUCGCCCCCCUCUUGCCUCUCCUCGCCCCCCUCUUGCCUCUCCUCGCCCCCCUCUUGCCUCUCCUCGCCCCCCUCUUGCCUCUCCUCGCCCCCCUCUUGCCUCUCCUCGCCCCCCUCUUGCCUCUCCUCGCCCCCCUCUUGCCUCUCCUCGCCCCCCUCUUGCCUCUCCUCGCCCCCCUCUUGCCUCUCCUCGCCCCCCUCUUGCCUCUCCUCGCCCCCCUCUUGCCUCUCCUCGCCCCCCUCUUGCCUCUCCUCGCCCCCCUCUUGCCUCUCCUCGCCCCCCUCUUUGCCUCUCCUCGCCCCCCUCUUGCCUCUCCUCGCCCCCCUCUUGCCUCUCCUCGCCCCCCUCUUGCCUCUCCUCGCCCCCCUCUUGCCUCUCCUCGCCCCCUCUUGCCUCUCCUCGCCCCCCUCUUGCCUCUCCUCGCCCCCCUCUUUGCCUCUCCUCGCCCCCCUCUUGCCUCUCCUCGCCCCCCUCUUGCCUCUCCUCGCCCCCCUCUUGCCUCUCCUCGCCCCCCUCUUUGCCUCUCCUCGCCCCCCUCUUGCCUCUCCUCGCCCCCCUCUUGCCUCUCCUCGCCCCCCUCUUGCCUCUCCUCGCCCCCCUCUUGCCUCUCCUCGCCCCCCUCUUGCCUCUCCUCGCCCCCUCUUGCCUCUCCUCGCCCCCCUCUUGCCUCUCCUCGCCCCCCUCUUGCCUCUCCUCGCCCCCCUCUUGCCUCUCCUCGCCCCCCUCUUGCCUCUCCUCGCCCCCCUCUUGCCUCUCCUCGCCCCCCUCUUGCCUCUCCUCGCCCCCCUCUUGCCUCUCCUCGCCCCCCUCUUGCCUCUCCUCGCCCCCUCUUGCCUCUCCUCGCCCCCCUCUUGCCUCUCCUCGCCCCCCUCUUGCCUCUCCUCGCCCCCCUCUUGCCUCUCCUCGCCCCCCUCUUGCCUCUCCUCGCCCCCCUCUUGCCUCUCCUCGCCCCCCCUCUUGCCUCUCCUCGCCCCCCUCUUGCCUCUCCUCGCCCCCCUCUUGCCUCUCCUCGCCCCCCUCUUGCCUCUCCUCGCCCCCCUCUUGCCUCUCCUCGCCCCCCUCUUGCCUCUCCUCGCCCCCCUCUUGCCUCUCCUCGCCCCCUCUUGCCUCUCCUCGCCCCCCUCUUGCCUCUCCUCGCCCCCCUCUUGCCUCUCCUCGCCCCCCUCUUGCCUCUCCUCGCCCCCCUCUUGCCUCUCCUCGCCCCCCUCUUGCCUCUCCUCGCCCCCUCUUGCCUCUCCUCGCCCCCUCUUGCCUCUCCUCGCCCCCCUCUUGCCUCUCCUCGCCCCCCUCUUGCCUCUCCUCGCCCCCCUCUUGCCUCUCCUCGCCCCCCUCUUGCCUCUCCUCGCCCCCCUCUUGCCUCUCCUCGCCCCCCUCUUGCCUCUCCUCGCCCCCCUCUUGCCUCUCCUCGCCCCCCUCUGCCUCUCUGCCUCUCCUCGCCCCCCUCUUGCCUCUCCUCGCCCCCCUCUUGCCUCUCCUCGCCCCCCUCUUGCCUCUCCUCGCCCCCCUCUUGCCUCUCCUCGCCCCCCUCUUGCCUCUCCUCGCCCCCCUCUUGCCUCUCCUCGCCCCCCUCUUGCCUCUCCUCGCCCCCCUCUUGCCUCUCCUCGCCCCCCUCUUGCCUCUCCUCGCCCCCCUCUUGCCUCUCCUCGCCCCCCUCUUGCCUCUCCUCGCCCCCCUCUUGCCUCUCCUCGCCCCCCUCUUGCCUCUCCUCGCCCCCCUCUUGCCUCUCCUCGCCCCCCUCUUGCCUCUCCUCGCCCCCCUCUUGCCUCUCCUCGCCCCCCUCUUGCCUCUCCUCGCCCCCCUCUUGCCUCUCCUCGCCCCCCUCUUGCCUCUCCUCGCCCCCUCUUGCCUCUCCUCGCCCCCCUCUUGCCUCUCCUCGCCCCCCUCUUGCCUCUCCUCGCCCCCCUCUUGCCUCUCCUCGCCCCCCUCUUGCCUCUCCUCGCCCCCCUCUUGCCUCUCCUCGCCCCCCUCUUGCCUCUCCUCACCCCUCCAUUGCCUCUCCUUAG